UUCAGCUACUUUAUAGUUUUCAUAAAACAACCUAUCGAUCAAUUGCAAAACACAUUUAUUGGCUUUUGAGGUCUGGUCUGGUCUGAUCUGAUCUGAGCUGAUCUGAUACAAAAUGUCUGAUGAAGUGGUUCUUGUGAGUUUCUGGACAAGUCCUUUUGGUCUGAGGGUGAAAAUUGCCCUUGAAGAGAAGGGUAUUGAGUACCAGUACAAAGAAGAGGACUUGUUCAACAAAAGCUCUUUUCUAUUGGAUCUGAACCCAGUUCAUAAGAAAGUUCCAGUGUUAAUUCACAAUGGUAAAGUCAUAUGUGAAUCCCUACCCAUACUUCAAUACAUUGAUGAAGUUUGGAAGGACAAAUCUCCAUUGUUGCCUUCUGAUCCUUACCGGAGAGCACAGGCUAGGUUUUGGGCUGAUUUCAUUGACAAGAAGAUUUAUGCAGCAUGUAAGAAGGUAUGGAUGAGUAAACGAGAAGAUCAAGAGACAGCCAAAAGAAAACUGAUAGAGAUCUUUAAGUUGCUAGAGGGAGAGCUUGGUGACAAGCCCUACUUUGGUGGUGACAACUUUGGGUUGGUUGACAUUGCACUUGUCCCAUUUUAUAACAGGUUUUACACAUUGGAGAAAUUUGGGAAUUUCAGCAUAGAAGCAGAGUGCCCCCUUUUGGUGGCAUGGGUUAAAAGGUUUAUCAAAAAGGAAAGUGUGUCCAAGUGUCUUCAAGACCCAGAAAAACUCUAUGAGUUUGUUGUCAAGCUUAAUAAGAUGUUCGGAGUAGAGUAGAGUAGAGUGGCCUGCCUUUGACAGUAUUUAUAUGUUUAGUCUCCAAUUGGCAUGGUAAUAAAGAAGUUAUAGUUGCACAAUUGAAGUUAUUUUGAUAGCAUUAUUGGCAUGGUAAUCAAGAAGUUCUAUUUGCACAAUUAAACUUAUUUUGAUAGCAUGCGCUAUAUCGAUGUUUCUAUGAGUCAUAUAACUUGUAAUAAUACAGGAUUCUUUGUCCUCAAAUUUCUAUGUAUCUCCGUCUUAAUACAUUCUCAAUUGUUAAAUCAUAUCUUGAGCUUCACAUAUGCCUCAAAAUUCUUAUAUAAUUCCAUAAUUGGAAGUGCAUUGAGACAAGGGCCGCAUGUAAUAAGUGGACUACAUUUGCUAGUUUUGUAUCAAGUUCAACUUGACAUUUAUAUAUGCAUUACUGUGCUAAACUGCAUAGCCAUAUACUCGAGGAAAUGAACUACUUGUUCUUUAAUUUUCAUCAGUACAUUUUCUUUGGACCAAAAAAGGAGUAGUAUCUUCAAAGGAAAUAGAAGUAAAAGAGAUGUUUCAUUAUUUCUAAUCUUGUAAUUAUAUUGCAAUUUACAGACUUUUCCAUCACAAACAGAUUAGUGUCCAUACAAAGUACUUGGCCGGGGGAAGAAACAUUACUUGGCAGUGGGAGAUUCAUUGACCAACCAAUUUCACUAACUUUAAGAACAUGUGUAGUUGUUUGUUCGAAGCAUCCACAGUGGAAAUUACAGAAUUAUCCAUCUAUGAGGGCAAUGCAAAAUUUAUAUCUCUGCAUUACUUAGCAAUUAGAUCUUGUUUAACAUCUUCAAAUACUGAACAAGAUCUUCUAAUAUGCUUCAAUAAAAUGAAAGUUGUGUGAAUCAGAUUAUGAAUAUCAAUCAAAGCAAGCAUUUUUUCAAUUAAAACAACAAAAAGUUUCCUUCUUUAUUUAAGGAGAAGUGAUUGAGAACUCUAAAACUAGAAUUCUAAUAUGAGUUUUAGUGAUGUGGUAUGGAGGG